AUGCGUCAUGGUUUACCUGGUCGUCUCGUAUGUGACGUCUUCAUUUCAGCACGCGAACUUGUCCGUUUGCGUACCUACAGCCUUACUGAAUUGGCGAAUCACUUGCUAUCAGGUCCUGAAUCUUCAAAUUGUGCGACACAAUCUGAGGCCAGAAGCAACAGGAAGAUGCCUUUGCGAUACAUCCCUAAGCAUCUAAUUUCGCAAACAAAAGGAGCAAUUGGAGAUGAAGCAAACGAGGAUGAGGUAAAUUCCUUACAGGCCUCCGUCGACUCUGCCGAUCUGCGUUGUCUAUUUGCGAACUCAGAUUUACUUCAUCAACUAAUUGACUUUUGUCUGAGUGACACCAGUCUGGUACUGAAAAUUGCCCAUCGACUUCAGAUCUUUUUCUGA